UUGAGAAGGGGUGGGGACUGUUGACAUGGGCUCAUUAAGACUUUAUACCGCUUUUCCCGUCAGAAACUCGAUUGUUCUUAAGGGUCUGUAGAAAGACGGGCGGAAGAGCGGAAUGGCAAUCCAGACUACUGGGCCUCUUUCACAGGGUGGCCGUCUCUGGACUUAACAGGAAUAUGUUUUUAUUUACUAUUAGUUGGGCUUUUUAACAACAUUUUUCUUUAUUUGAGAAUCGUCCCAACGUGAUGGAGGCCACAAGACGCUGUCUGGGCCACAGGAGACAGGAGUGGCAGGAUAACACUCCCUAACUUUUUAUUUUUAAUUUAUGUUGUAUUUUGCAAUGUUUUUAUUGUACUAUUUUAACUCAUUUUGCUGGAAAUCCCGGAAAAUCCUCAUGCUCUUUAACCUGGUAACUUAGCAUCUCAUCACCUCACCUGCCCAGUGCCUGACAAGAACUUUUUAAGGGAGUGACAGAGAGCAACUGAGUCUGGAGCAGCAUAUUUGAACGAAGGAAUACAAGGAAAACAUUUCUGGAACAUUGAUGAUAAAGAUACAAUAAAUAUUUCCACAUGAGAUGCAAACCCAUUCUUCUAAUUCCCAACAUGGCAGAUCAAUGCAACAUCCAGUCGGCAGCUUCGAAAAGCAUCCGACCUUUUAAAUCAAGUGAGGAGUAUCUUUAUGCUAUGAAGGAGGAUCUGGCUGAGUGGCUUAAUACAUUGUAUGACCUGGAUAUCCAAGUGGAUAACUUCCUAGAGGCCCUUGAGACUGGCUGCGCCCUUUGCCGCCAUGCUAACAAUGUGAACCGUGCAGCCCGUGACUUUGAGCUUGAAUACCCAGAGGCUGCCCAGUCGAAAAAACUGCCCCGGAGAGAAGUGCUAUCUCAGUCUCGCAAUGUUGUGCCAGGUUCCUUUGUGGCACGGGACAAUGUGUCCAACUUUAUUGCCUGGUGUCGACAGGAGCUGGGAAUCCAGGAUGUCCUAAUGUUUGAGACAAAUGACUUGGUGUUAAAAAGAAAUGAGAAAAAUGUUGUUCUGUGUCUACUAGAGGUUGCCCGCAGAGGGGCAAAAUUUGGCAUGCUGGCCCCUAUGCUUAUUCAGCUGGAGGAAGAAAUUGAAGAAGAGAUUCGUGAUCAAGAGAACCAGGAACGUUUUGAGUUUCCACAGAACAGCCGAGAAGAGGCAUGUUCAUACAAAAAUGACUACCCCAACAGGCUUCAGAGGAGGGUAUUUUGUGAUAUGCGUAAUUUGGAUGAAUUGGUGAGGGAAAUCUUGGGACAUUGUUCCUGCCCUUCUCAGUUUCCAAUGAUCAAGGUAUCUGAAGGAAAGUACAAAGUGGGUGACUCCAGUGCACUAAUUUUCAUCAGGGUAUUGAGAACGCACGUGAUGGUGAGGGUUGGUGGAGGAUGGGAUACCCUGGAGCACUAUCUUGACAAACAUGACCCAUGCCGCUGUGCAGCAAUCUCUCAUCGUUACCAGCAAACAAAAUUAAGUGCCUUUACAACUCAGAGGAUAAGCAACUCCUAUUUAACCUCAACGCCUAAUGCUGGCUUCAACUGGAGACCUGAUGGUAUGCCGGACAGACGCUCUCUAGACCCACCUGUCAUAAGCCCCGCCCAGCGAGAAAACAAAUCUAAGGAGCGGGAUUUGAAUGUGGGAUCAGGAGAACGCAGUAGACGUACUGGACUGACAUCUUUAUCUCGGAGGUCACAGCGUGACAGAUCAGAGCCCCGGGUGUUAACAUUUCACAGGUCGAAAGAGCCUUCAACUCCAGCUCCACGGAAACUGUCAUUGGAAAGUGAAUCCUCCUUUCCCUCUUUAAGAGUCACUGGGGAUCCACCAUGCAGUACUACACCUAAGAAGAAAGGUGAAGCAGUGAUUCUUAUGGUGAACAGAAAAGAAGGAAAACAUGUCAUCGAAAGGGCAGGAGCAGUACAGACUGCCAUUCCACAUCGAGCUCACAGCAAAACCCGUAGCCAGUCUCAAGAUUGUAGCUUGGUAUCUGGGCCCAUGUCUUUAGAUACUUUGGCCUCAAAUGGAAAUUCAACAUACUUGGAAAGAGGAAGAUCUCCAGUUAUUACUAGGCCUAAAAGAUCAUUAACAUCUGGUUUUCAGAAUACUCCUCCUAAACUAAACAUGAAUAAAGCUAAACCCAUUAGUGAGAUUAUAUUACCAAAAGGUACAGACAUGAAACAGAGUGAAGCCAAUGGCAUCUGUAUUGAAGGUAAACGAAAAGCUGAUAUUAAAUCAAAACACAAUACACAGGUUGCUGUAGAUAAGUCUUAUGUCUCUCCAGGAAAGCAAAUGCAGGCAAUCUUAAAUCAAAGUGACAUACACUGUAAAAGCUUAGAAGCGACACCAAAAUUAAUAAAAAGCAAGCAGAUUAUUUUGAAAACAAAUGAACCAUCAUCUAGAAGAUUAACUGGCAGCAGUGACCGAAAAUUACAGAGUAACUUGGUCAAUGCAAGCUCCAAAGGUUUGGAUAUAACUAUUCAAAUUCCAUCUACUUUAGACACUAAUAAUAAAAAUGACCUGAACCAAAGUCUUGAAGCAGAGAUUUUAGCAAAUACUCAGGCUGGGACGUGCUCGUUUACUGGUUUUUCAGCAAAGCACUCCCAACAUCAUGUGACUGAUCACAAUGUGACAGAUUCUGCUUACUCUUCAAGUUCUUCCACAUCCUCCUUAAAUAUUUCAAGCAAAAGGAGUACAGUUCUGGACCUUUAUGAUCCAAAGGUUACAUCCGUUAUAUCACAUGCUCCCUUAGCUGAAUAUAGUGUAGAUCAAACAGAACAGGUUCAUAAUCCUAGUUGUUACAGUUCUUCUUCGAUGCAGUCGGGUCAAGUGACUGGUCCUAUUGAAAGCAAGAGUUUACUACCAAAAAGUAAUUUGAAGAGUAACAAUAUAUUUAGCCACAAGGAGAAACUAAAAAAAGAUGAGAAAAAUUUAAAAUCAGCUGAGUUGGGAUAUCUUAAACCUGAUAGAUCUUUGUAUGAUGGGGAUUGCCAUAAUAAGUAUAUGACAUACAAAAUAAAUUCAAAAAUCUGCCUAGAUUCUGACCAUCUUCAACAAAACAUUCAGAUGAUUACUUGUGAGAACAAGGAGUCAAUUUUAGAACCUCAAGACGAGUUUGCACUCAUCCAGCAGGAGGAGGACUUUCAGUUAUCUGUUUCAGAAGAUGGCUUAUACCCUGACUCUUCAAGUGAAGAUGACUCCAGUUCUUGUAUGAGUUUAACUAAUUCACAUUGUGAAAGCAUCUCUGCUGAGGACCUUGACACUAAAUCAACAGUGGUUUUACGGGCUAAGAAGUCUUUAAAGAAGCCUGAAAGAGUUCCAUCAAUGUACAAGAUGAAGCUGCGUCCUAAAAUUCGCCCACGUACUGACAAUCGGCCAGAAAAAGGUCCCUCUCGAAUUCCUACACCAGUUAGCCACCACUAGGUUUUCUGUCUAUAUUUAUUCAAAACUGAGCACAAGAAUUAAUUCUUUUAAUUAAAAACUUCAGAAAAAUCACAGAAAGAACCAAUAAGAAUUGUUUUGCUCCAACCCUCUACGUUUUAGCAUUUGGUCAGAUGUUAAAUACAUUAUUUUCUGUGAUGUUGCCUAGUAACGUCUAACCAGAUAGCACAUAAAGGGGUUUAGAAUAAGAUUUUGAUUACAGUACAUUUCCUGCUUUUUUUUUUUUGCCUUUUGAGUUUGGGUGCAAUACAGUAUAUACAUAUGCUUUUUAUCAUAUUUAAAUGUUUAGGGAGCUGGGUAUUUUUAAUUGUUUCCCCCAGAACAGCAUUCAGGAUAAUUGCCUUUCAGAGUGGCUUAACUUACAUAAAACUGUCUUGCUCAAAUAUUUGGUUUGAUGGGUUUACCUGCUUGUUGGAACACAGUUUGGUAAAUUCAUGUCUCUGACAUAUGCUGAGGAACAAAAAUAAAUGUUUGGUUUUUCAUUUUUA